UUCCACUCUGCCGGAAAUUCAAGAAGAAGACGGACAAAGAGAAAAAAGAGGGGGGGAAGAAAUGCAACGAACCAACCAGUCAUUCCCCUGCUGUUUUUAAACAUGCCAGCAGAUAUCGAGACCGUGAAUGGUUUGGUGUUUUUACUGUCGUUGUGACCUUUUCUGCUAUUUCACCAGAGCUCUGGUGAUUAUGUCAUGACGACCGGAUUAAUGUACGGUGUAACCGGAUGCCUCGUAUGAACCGAACGGCCGUGUUAUCACUGCUGAUCGUCAUCAGCUCCGUGUUCCUACUAUUUCAGCUGUAUUACUAUCGGAAGUACGUAAGCAAGCCUGGCCCUCACAUCCUGAGCCAAACAGGUCACCUGACCACCAGUGACCUCCAGUGGCAGACGGUCAGGCUGUUUCUUGUGUUAGCACAUCGCUUCCACCUACCAGUGUUCCUUGUAGACACUACUGCCCUCAGGCUCCUCGCCCAUGAUGCCUCGUGGCAGCGUGAGCUGCACUGUAGCUUUCUGUGCACAGACCGACCAGUCAUGUCUUUCGCUCUGUUUGCCAAUAUGUGGAAAUUUGACAGGUGUCAUUUUUGCGAUCAGCCUGCCUUUCUGUCAGCUGCCAAGCACAAAGGGUUUGAUGUGCUGGAGCUGAGAGGACAUGACCCACGCCUGGCCAGUCUGGACACUCUGUCAGGGGAGGACAUCCCCCUGUACUUCUUACUCCGCCUCCAUGGUUUCAUCAUCCAGGUGGUGUUUCUGUACGAGCGCAGUGGGAAUUAUUUGUGGCACGGCCCAUUACGCCUCAAAGCAAAAAUGGACCUUAGCUUUGCACCGUUUAAGCAACUUGACUAUGGACGUCACGCUGGAGCCUACAACAGGCCAGACCUGGUUCUGACUGUGCUUGACGGCCUUGAUGUUCGAGUUCCUCGCAAUGUUUCACGCUUCCUCUAUGAGCAACAACACUCGCGCUUUCUGGAGUGCCGUUACCAUGACGCCCGCAGCUUUCUGCAGCUAUAUCCAGACGAUACGUCUCCAGCAGCUGUGGAUUUUCAUAGGAAAGCCAAGGCGUUGCUUCAUUUGGCCGCUCAAACACUCGCUGUGCUCGAUGUCCCGUUCUGGCUCAGCAGCGGCACUUGUUUAGGCUGGUUCAGGCAGUGCAACAUCAUCUCAUACAGCCAUGACGUGGAUAUUGGGAUUUUCAUUACAGAUUAUAGACCGGACAUCGUCACAGCAUUUGCUGCUGCUGGCCUGUCACUCAAACACAAAUUUGGAAAGGUGGAGGACAGUCUGGAGCUGUCGUUUCUGAGUGAUGAUGUCAAACUGGACAUUUUCUUUUUCUACGAAGACGGAGAUAUUGUCUGGAAUGGAGGGACACAGGCUAAGAGUGGCAGGAAGUUCAAGCGCGUCUUCAUGUCUUUAUUCAUCAGAUACAUAUUCCAACGGUUUUCACUCUGCUGGGCAGAGCUUCUCGAGCUGAAGGUUCGCGUUCCAUGUGAAACACUCGACUACAUCACAGCAAACUACGGCACCUCCUGGAGUGUCCCAGUAAUGUUGUGGGACUGGAAGUCGUCGCCAAGCAAUGUGCAGCGAAAUGGCUUGUGGCCUAAACAUCAGUGGGCAGACCUUAUUCAAGUUUACUAAACUGGAAAAGGUUAAAAGUCCAGCUGAUUGUGUUUAUGUCUGGAAACAACCUCAAGGUGGCUACAAAGUGUCAACUGCUACAAUAAAAACAAUAGGAUUUCAGUGCUAAAUGGCAGGAAAUAGUCAACAUCAAAAGAGUAUUUAUUUUUAAUGUUAGUAUUUCAUUGUAAUGCUUGUUUUUUAUGUUUAAGUCGUAGACCCGUUUUUUUUAUAAAACUCUAUACUAGUU